AUGGCGUGGCGUGGGCUAACGUUCAGUAGGGAGGGCCGUGAGAGGCUGGCCAAUGUACUUCGAGCGUUGCUGAUCACACAAGUCAUCAUCUCGCUGGUGAUGGCAAUAUUUUGCUAUAACGUGUCAUUUCGGGUUAUGUCUUUGUUGAAGAAUAUUCAUAAGCUUACAGUGUAUCUUCUCUACGGUUUAAUCCUGCUUCAAGCGUACUGCAUGAAGUUACACUACACUAGUGGUCUACGUCUGCUCACGUGGGCGGUACAGUAUCCUCAUUGGAAACGCACUGCUUGCGUCACUCGAAUCUGGAUGAUCAGUGGGAGUCUGGUGGCUGUUAAUGGCAUGCUGGUGUAUGCUGCUUGUAGGAGUACUUUGAAGGGCCUUUUAAAAGAGCUGUCUUCGUCAUUACGUCUGGGUAUCUCGCAGUAUCUUACGGAGCCAUCCUGGAAAACAUUACUGGAUACAAUGCAGGUGGAAUUGAACUGUUGCGGUGCCGAUCAGCCGAGCGACUGGUAUGAGAUACCCUGGAUUAACAUCGAUUAUCUCAAUGAAAGCUCAGAUCUUGCUAUGAAGUUGGCUGGUUCAGACGGCAGGGCGUCUCCUCCAGUAACUCCAUACUCUUGUUGCACUCCACGUGUGCUUGCUGCGUGUUACCAUGACCCAUUGCAACAAUGGGAAUGGCGUGAAGCUUGGUCGAGUUCUCACCCGUUAGUGGGUGCGUCACUCCACGCUCGCGGAUGCGUAGAUGCUGUGCGAGCGCCUCUUACACGGGCUACCCUUGCACUUCAGCUGUGUAAUCUGCUAUCUCUUAUUGUACAGGUGGUAAUAGUAUGCCUGAGUCAAGUGAUGGUGGGGAGUGCACGUGAUGCAGUCGUACGGGGAGAUGCUGCGGGGGUGGGAAGGGCCGCGUUGUUCACACCUCCAGUAAAUGACGAUACAGUAAUAGAAUCUGAAGUAUGCGUGGCUCGUAGCUCGGUCCCUCGGCGUCGGCGCGUGCGCAGACUACGGACGCGACUCAGCUAUCCCUAUCUAUCUUAA